GCAGACGUGAGUAUCACGAACCGAACAUUAACUCAAUCAGAUGGAUACUAGAAUUUCCACAGCACCAAGAAGUCUGUCAACGCCUAAUGGAACAAUACAGGCCGCCUCGUCUGCAGAUACAUCCCUUGAUCGUGGUACAAGUAUAGAAAGAGGAAGAGACAAGGGGGCAGUGGACCGAGUAGCCAAUGCUUGCCAGAACUGCCGAAAUAGAAAGGAAAAAUGUUCUGGUGAUAGACCAUGCAACUCGUGUGUUAAGCACAAUCGAGAGUGCUCAUAUACGCCCCUGAAGUCACGGGGUAGGAAGAAAAAGAGACCUCGCCUUGAUUUGGACUCUCUUGAGGAGACACAAAAUCCGGGAUCGAGAGAUGGUCGAACAGCGUCACCUAUAGUGAUACGUCCAGGAACUCAUCGUCCAUUGGCGAUUGAUAACAACGGACCACUUGCAGUCAAGAGACGCCGAGAGCUACGUUCGUCUGGUAUUGGAGUAUGCCAGACUGGCUCAGGAGCAUUUCAGUAUUAUGGACCGGCAUCCAACUUGGCUUUAUUUCAAUGCAUUUAUCAGUGUAUUUAUCGCACCAAGAAUUCAAAUAAUGAGCGGCUAGGGGCGAUGCGCGUUUGGGGCUUGGACCAAUUUGCCUUCCCACCCGAGCGUCCUGAAUACCAACACCACAAUGAGAGCGGUACAUCUCUGCCCGUCCAUCUAAGUAAGGAUCUUGGAGAUUGUUUCAUUGGAACCUACUUCAAAGUUGCUCAUCCACAAUGGCCUUUCCUUCAAUUGCGCGAAAUUCGCGAAGAUUGGGAAUCGUUCUGGGAGCCUCCACCACCAGAACGAGACGCCUAUUAUAGUAGCAGGUUAACUCGGAAAAACAUCGUACUUAUGGUUCUUGCGAUUGGUGCCGUAAUGUCUAGUCUUUCACCUGACAAAGAUGCUAAGGUUAUGGCUAGAUGGGCAUCCUACUUGUCAUCACGUGCGAUGCUGUCUGGCUCGACUUUCGAGGACGCUUCCCUCAAGGGUGUUCACCUACUUCUUUUGAAAUCUAUAUAUGCUAUCGAAUUAAUGCGUCCCAAUGACUCUUACCUCUACGUGGGUCAUGCAGCCCUAAAUGCACUUGCACUAGGCAUGAAUAGGGCCCAGGUCGCCAACGGUACCCGCCCCAACAUGCAUCGUCUCCGCGUAACAUUUUGGAAUCUUUACUCGACGGAAAAGCUUGUGUCUCUGUUUCAUGGUCGGGCAUCCUGCUUAAGAGAUGAUUUCAUUGACACUGCCUUUCCCGAAGAUCCACCAAGCUCGGAGAUGGAGAAUGAUAACCCAGGAGAAAUUACAGACAUGGCAUAUGUCCGUGCUAUGGCCACCCUAGGUCGCGUGGCCGAUCGUAUCAAUAGUGGUAUAUACUUUUACGGCGGAGUUGCAACUGAUUCCUCCAACAUACCCGAUGUCACCCGCGAGUGUGAAUUAGCCCUAGAAAAAGUAAUGGGAGACCUUCCCCCUUUUUUGCACUUUUUUGACACUACAAUGCCUCCGAGCCCUCAUCUGUGGCAUGAAGUUCAACGUACACAUCUUGGGUUACACUACUAUCAUUGCAUUAUUCUUAUUCAUCGUCCAGCACUAGUCUUCUUAUCCAAACAUGCAUCAAAAGCCGAGGCUCUAAUUGCAGCCCAGGAGUUAGGCUACAGGGAUAUAUUUGGCUUUGUCGAAAAGGCCAUAUGCGCAUCGAAAAAAAUCAUUGCCCUCGCGCUUGACACCUAUAAUACGCGUGCAACUUCGAUGAGGCAAGAUUCUGGAGUCGCCUACAAUAUCGUGGGUGCUUGUCUUACCUUGCUCUAUGAUGUUAUUGGUGGACCUAAAAAGAGUUGCGCUGGUAACGUCGCAGAUACAUUUAAAGCUGUUGAAGACGGUCUUCGUUGUUUGAGUUUCAUGGAGCAUCCUGGGCCUAAGAUUGGGGGGACUCUAAGUUCACGCAUAAUGCGUGUGGCCAAAGAUGCUUUUCGCUCCGCACAAGGCCCUAGCUCAGGUGAUGGACCUAAUGGCAACGGAGCAGCUACUUAUAGUACAGUGCCAUUGUACAACCCUAUUCAGGAGCGCACUGAGACUGUAAGUGCUAUUGAUAAUGAGCUGGAUACACUACUUGGACAGUUUCCAUGGCUCGCAAACACAACUGCAAAUACACCGACCUUUCACUCUGCCACCGAAACACCUUUAGCCAACGCUUCGGGUCCAGUUGAUGAUGCUUCUGAUGUCAAUUUCCCCACUUAUUCAGAUUAUGAGAGUAUACAGCAACCUGAGCAGCCUCAGCAAUACCCAACUCAAGCUUUUCCACAAAACUCAGACUUUCUCUUUAUGCCAUUCUAUAGCUUUGAUGGAUCAACAUCGCAACAAGUACCUCCGCACGAAGCUGCGGCCAAUGAGAAUGCAAGCGACGAUGUCAAUAUAGGUGCGCAUCAGUGGGCUGAUGUCAGCGGUCAAAUCUUUUCGGAUCAUGGCAUGUCGAAUGGGAAUGGUGUACCAUGGGGCUUGCUGUGAGAUGUGGGCAUGGAUCAUGUAAUUGGGGGCUUGCUGUAUCUGCUAUUCGAAUAAUAUAUCCACUUAUUAUGAAAAUUCUAAGGAGAGAUAUCUAUCGUCUAUUUUUGAACAACAUGAUCUUUCUGGCAUAAUGUGGAUAUACUGCAAUAAAUCUAUGGAUUAACAAUGUAAUUUAAGUUGCAUCUUCAAUUAGCAUACAAAAUAGAGUAUAGAAUGGACAUUAAAAUUUGAAUUUUCUUUAUCUGUAUAUAACAAACUAAGUAAGAGUAUUGUCGUACACUCAGCUCACAUUAUUUUUAUACGAAUCAAAAACA